UGGCCAUGGGGCUGCGGGGGCCCGGGGCUCGGCUGAGCUGAGGCGGCGGCGCCGGGCCGCACGCCCCGUGGGGCCGCCCCCGCACCCCGCCCGCCGGCGUCUGGCUCUCAUGAUGAUGAAGAAGAAGAAGUUUAAGUUUAAGGUGGACUUCGAGCUCGAGGAGCUCUCCUCGGUGCCCUUCGUCAACGGGGUCCUCUUCUGCAAGAUGCGGCUGCUGGACGGCGGCAGCUUCACCGCCGAGUCCCCCAGGGAGGUGGUGCAAGCAAACUGUGUUCACUGGAGGAAGAAGUUCUCGUUUAUGUGCAAAAUGAGUGCCAGUGCCACCACGGGCAUCCUCGAUCCUUGCAUCUACAGAGUAUCUGUGAGGAAGGAAUUAAAAGGUGGAAAAGCUUAUGCAAAGCUGGGCUUUGCAGAUCUAAACCUGGCAGAGUUUGCUGGAUCAGGAAAUACCACGCGUCGCUGUUUACUGGAAGGCUAUGAUACCAAAAAUACAAGACAGGAUAACUCCAUUCUUAAAGUUUUGAUCAGUAUGCAGCUGAUGUCUGGGGACCCAUGCUUUAAAACGCCUCCUUCUACAUCAAUGUCUAUACCGAUUGCUGGUGAAUCUGAAUCUCUGGAAGAAGAUAGAAAAGGUGGAGAGACUCUCAAAAUCCAUCUUGGAAUAGCAGAUCUGUCAGCAAAGAGUGCCUCUGUUCCAGACGAACUUGGUGCCUGUGGACAUUCUAGAACAUCAAGCUAUGCGAGCCAGCAGUCAAAAGUAUCAGGGUACAGCACAUGCCACUCCCGGUCAUCCAGCUUCUCUGAGCUCUGCCACAGGAGAAAUACCUCCGUGGGAAGUACGUCAACAGGAGUUGAAAGUAUUCUAGAACCGUGUGAUGAAAUUGAACAAAAAAUAGCUGAACCAACUGUCGAUACAGCUGAUAAAGAGGAUACAGCUUCAGAAAUACUCAACAGAUGCCCAGUGAAACAAGAUUCUGUAGAGUCUCAGCUGAAGCGAGUUGAUGACACCAGAGUGGAUGCAGAUGAUAUUGUGGAGAAAAUACUACAAAGUCAAGACUUUAGCCUAGAUUCCAGUGCAGAAGAAGAAGGACUGAGGUUAUUUGUGGGUCCUGGGGGGCGUGCAACCUUCGGUAGUCGGCAUCUUCCAAACAGCACGUUGCAGGGCCCAAAGGGUACAGCAAACACCUACAUCAACAAUCAACAACGAACUACAAUCAGGCGUGAUAGGAUGGGGUCUGGAGCUUAUGAACAAGUUGUGAUCAAACGCUAGAAGUCAAGCUGGUGAACUGAAGCCUCCCUGUGGGUUUAAGAUGUGGGCAAUUCAGUAAUCAAGGCACUUUACUCAAGUACUUAUGAGAAAAUGAACCUAUUAAAAAAAAUGAAGCACGUUCUUCUAUCAGGAGGAAAGCCAAGGGGCUGGCCCCCUGGCCAAGUGGUUAAGUUCCUGCAUUCUGCUUUGGCAGCUCAGGGUUUCGCUGGUUCGGAUCCUGGGCACGGACUUAGCACCACGCAUCAAGCCAUGCUGAGGCGGCAUCCCACAUAGCACAACCAGAAGGAGCUGCAACUAGAAUAUACAACUGUGUACUGGGGGGCUUUGGGGAGAAGAAGAAGGAAAAAAAUGAUUGGCAGCAGAUGUUAGCUCAGGUGCCAAUCUUUAAAAGAAAAAAAGAAAAAAAAGAGGAAAGCCAACACUGAGCUCUUCUCUGAAAGUGCCCACCGCUGUCCUUUCUCUGCCACCAAAAGGGAGCAUCCCGUGGUAGCAUCAAGGCAGCGUGCCAUGUGUCUGCAGGGACAUGGCUUCUGUGGUCGCUGCACAGGGUAUCAAAAAGCCCCCUUUUUCUUUCAAAACAUCCUGGUGGGGAAAACAGCUCUGUACAUCUGAGUCUAGUUUCAGUGUUGAAGUGUAAAACCUAUGAUAGAGAUGCUCAACAGAUUUGGGCUCUCAUUAUUUAAUUUUGUGUUUGAGAGAUAAUAAGUGAAAGUAAUUUAAACCCUGUAAACUCUGUCAAGAUAGUUAUAAUUCCUCUGAAGGAAACCUUCCAUAUUAUUCUGCCUAAAGUAUUGUACUAAGUUCAUUAACUCUUUCUGAUGUAAUAAUUGAUAUAAAGUGUGGGUGUUCAUGCUUUUGGAAAAUGUUAUACUACAAUUUAAAUGUGUAGAAUGCUUAAUAAUUCUAAACGUAUCAGUCAUAGAUCGAAUAACAAGUAUGUUUAAGUCGGAGAUACAUGAAUGGGUAUAAUGCCAUCAUUAUGCAGUCUGUAUUGUUACUUAUUGCAGGACUCCCACUAGACUAUAUAAGAGAUUCAAGACAAGUCUAAUAAUCGAUAUGUUAGGCUACCAGAAGGCACCCUAACAUAAGAGCCGUUUUAUCUAACUGAGUAACGUCUGCUGAUUUCAGAGUCAAAAUUUAGAACAACAGGAGGAAAACUGUGAUGUGGGCAGAAACAGAGCAGCCUUUUCCCUGUAAGCUGAGACUUAUCUGAAACUGAAACUUAUUCCAUGGAGGUGGUGGAUAGAAGACAGGACAGCUGCAUGAUGUCUCUGCCGUGGACCUGUGGUUUUCUGUUUUAGCGCCCCUUGAUCAGAUGCUCUUUUCCCUUCUUUACUAUGUCAGAAGUUCAUUGUUUUGAGGUAAGAACGGAGUAUAACAUGCAUCACAUAGAGCUUUUAAAACAGUGUCUGAUCUGGAUCAGGAUUUACAGCCCAGCAGAGGAACCUUAGGAGUUUUUCUGGUCUUACAUCACAGUUUCUGUGUGCAACGAUCUCAGCCAUCAUGGAAUCACUUGGUCCCUGAAGAAAAAUGUAGAUUGUACAGAACCAGUAAUACCCAGUCCUUCCUUUCACCAUGUCCAAGAAAGGUAAUAUGUUAGAAUAGAAUUGCUUUGGUCUAGGUAUUUUCAUGUUGGCAACAUAAGGGGAAAAAUAUAUUAUUUUUAAGAAAAUAUUAUUUUAAUAUCCAAAUUUAGAGAUAUGGAAAAUUUUCCAUAGUUCAGGUUAGGGCUUUUGUUUUUUAAUAUGUCAAGGAUCAGGUAUUCCAAAUUAAUCCAACACUACUUUUACAACAAACAGAUUCUGAGAUUUUUAAAGAGAUGACACUCUAGUUUAGAACAUUUGAAUGUUGAGAGAGAAGGUUUUUUGAGUCAUGCAUUACACUUUAUUUAAGAUUUGUUUUAAAGAAAAUAAAAUUGACCCGAACAUUUUAUUCUACCCAAGAAAAAUGUUAUCUUAAAUGGUAAAGACUUGCUGUCUGAAUAAACAAGUGAUCUAUUCAUUAUGUAUUAUGGGGGAAAAAAAUCAAAGUUUUUAAUAGAGAUACGAAGAUAUUGUUUAGAGAGAUAUUUAUUACGACAUGUUUUAAAAACAUAUUUUUCUAUUUUAAAUAUUAUUUGUAGGCUAUAUUUUUUAUUGGCGCUUCUGCAAAUGAUUUUGCAGUUUUGAAAAUGAUAAUAGAAAUAGGUUGUAAGGAGGUUCAGUGAGGACAUUCUUCAGAUGUGUCAAAGGUGCUGUCAUCCGGGCACUGCCCUUCUUACUCAUCCUUGGCUGCUCCUGGCCCAAUACUUUUAUACAAGACUAGCUGUCGGUAUUGAAAAUGAUAUAGAAUUAUUAUUUAAAAACAAAAUGUGGAGAGAUUUUGAAAAGCAUAAAAAUCAUACCUUUAUAAUUUUAGCAGCCACCAGAUACAUCUUGAUUUAUGCGGUAUAUAACAAACAUUUUAAUAAAUAGAAACAUGGAUUAGGAAGAGAAAAGAUGGCAACAUCCUGUGUAGUCAGUGAAAGUCUGGAUUUAUUCUACCCUAUUUUGUGUUCCAUCAGCAUACUUCACAAUCAUAUUUCAUUACAGUCCUUCAAAAUAUUUGUUAAAGGUUGCCUACGUGUCACCUUACUUUCUAGUUUUUCUUUUUUUAGAGCAUGUGCUGUUAAGAUCUUAACCAUAUAGCUAUUGAAAAAAAUCUGCUUAUUAAAUACCAAAUCCACUUUUGGUUCCAGUUUGAGUUUAGAAAUUCAAAUUUAAAACAUUAGAUCUCAGUAAAUUGACUUUUAAGUAUUUAACUCAAAUUUCAAAUUACCCAGUCUCAGAGAAUUUGCAGAUGUAUAACAUUUUCUUUUUCUAAUCCUGUUCCAGAGAAAAAGAUUAAUGGUAUUUUAAAGCUAUAUAUUUAUGAUCAGAUAAGGAGGAGUCUUAAAUACCUUGUUUGAGGGAAAUACAGAGGCUGGUCAGGAGCCCACUUCCUGUGACUUGUGCUGCUGUCCGAGACCAGAGAGGAUGUGAAGGGUGCAAAGGGCAGAGAAGGCCCUGGGCCAUCGGGUUACCCUUUGCUGGUUAACUCCUCUUUGUGUGGUGUUGAAGGCUCCUGUAUACAAACAACUAAUGUGGAUUAGUACUUAUAAUCUGAGAAAGUCUUGACCAAGAAUCCUAAAGUACACCAUCCCAUUCCAGUAAAAUACUGUCAGAGUAGUGAUAUCCAAAGUAGAUUCUUCUGUAUGUGCUUUUUUUUUUCAUGAAAACUGUGAGCCACAGAGGUCCACCACUUAGUCCAUUUGUUGCAAAAGGAAAUAAGUCUCCUACUAGCCUCCAGUCAAAACAUAUUCAGAUAGCAAUGAGUUUUAAUAAAUGAAAACAUCCAGAAGUAAUUUUAGACUUUGAGAUUUCAUGCUAACUAGACCACUUUGCAAGCUCAAGCUGACAGUACUAUUAAAUACUUCAUUGAAGUACUCUGAAGUGUUAGGCUUCCAGUAUAUAUAAUAAUGCUCUGAAAGAGACUGGGCUCAUAUGAUGGGGUUGCAUUAUAUUUGAACAGGUCUUUAACUAGGGCAGUUCAGAAGUUAUGCUUGGUCAGUUCUCCUAGAUGGUACGUCAUGUGAAUAUCAUCAAGUGCUGUAGUUGAAAUUGUGUUAUGCCACUACUCAUAUGUUGGCUUAGGUACUGUGCAUAAUUUUAAUAGCUGAGAUGUUAAAGAAUAUGAAGUCUAAAAAUGUAAAGGAUGAAAUAUGCCUAUAUUAACCCUAUUUUAAGACUGCUCUGGAAAUAAAGGCCUUAUUAUUCCCUUAUAUAUGUGACUUUUCAUAGGAUAAUAUAUACACAGUAUAUUUUAAAUGGUUGUGUGGGUGGUCUCUAGCUACUCCCUGUAUGACAAACUUGGCAAAAUUUUUAAUUUACAUGGACAUCAUACUCUGCAUUUACAAAUGUUUAUUUUCAUCUUAUGGAUAUAACAAAGAAAAUUCUAUUCCUGAUAUUCAUUGACCAAAUCUCAUGCGGAGGAAGACAUUUAGGGUAUAUUCAGUUUGAUUGUUUUUUGGAAAUUCAUCUGAUUUUUUGGAUCACCUUCCUCUGAUGCAUUUACUUGAUCCUCUGAAAGCUGAUACAGUUGUAGUAAUCAUGUAAAUGUUUAAGAAAAAAAUAUUGACUGAAGUGAUUCCAUUAGUAUUCUGUGCUGAUACUUGGAGAAUGACCUUCAUAUUUAUAUAUUUCUUUGUUUUAACUGUACAACUAUAAAUACAGGAAAUGUUUCCCUUUUUUUUUUACAAAAAAUAAUUUUUUAUUGUAAAGUAUUUGUAAUAAUGUAAAGGUGAAUCUUAUACAUGUUCAAUAAAAAUUAUCUUAAGUUUA